AUGGCCACCCAAGUCACUCCCUCGAAGCAGGCUGCUUCCUCCCUCGAGAACCUGAAGAUGAGUGACUCGCCCGUCAAGAAGCUCGACUUCGCGGGCAAGGAGAACGCGCCCGCGUCCCUCAAGCCGGUCGACGCGUCGCUGGGCAAGCCCGUCGAGAAGGCCGUCGAGGCCCCCAAGGUAGCUCCGGGUAUCAAGAGCACCGAGGCCAAUGAGCCUCUGCUCCAGGAGAACCCCCACCGCUUCGUCCUCUUCCCCAUCAAGUACCACGAGAUCUGGCAGAUGUACAAGAAGGCCGAGGCUUCCUUCUGGACCGCCGAGGAGAUUGAUCUGUCCAAGGAUCUGCACGAUUGGCACAACCGCCUAAACGAUGACGAGCGGUACUUCAUCUCGCACGUUCUCGCGUUCUUCGCCGCCUCCGACGGUAUUGUCAACGAGAACCUGGUCGAGCGCUUCAGCGGAGAGGUUCAGGUCCCGGAGGCUCGCUGCUUCUACGGUUUCCAGAUCAUGAUGGAGAACAUCCACUCCGAGACCUACUCGCUCCUGAUUGACACCUAUAUCAAGGAGCCCAAGCAGCGUACCUACCUGUUUGACGCGAUUGAUACCAUUCCCUGCAUUGCCAAGAAGGCCCAGUGGGCCAUGCACUGGAUCCAGGACCGAGAGUCGACCUUCGCUCAGCGCCUGGUCGCCUUCGCUGCCGUCGAGGGUAUCUUCUUCUCUGGUUCCUUUGCCUCUAUCUUCUGGCUGAAGAAGCGUGGCCUGAUGCCCGGUCUGACCUUCUCCAACGAGCUAAUUUCUCGUGACGAGGGUCUCCACACUGACUUUGCCUGUCUGCUGUUCUCUCACUUGAACAACCGCCCCAGCAAGAAGAUGGUCGAGGACAUCAUCGUUGAGGCCGUGGGCAUUGAGCAGGAGUUCCUGACGGAUGCCCUGCCCUGCGCCCUGCUCGGCAUGAACUCCGUGCUGAUGUGCCAGUACAUUGAGUUCGUCGCGGAUCGCCUCCUGGUGGCCCUGGGCAACAAGAAGUACUACAACUCGGCUAACCCCUUCGACUUCAUGGAGUCCAUCUCCCUGGCUGGUAAGACCAACUUCUUCGAGAAGCGCGUCGGUGACUACCAGAAGGCCGGUGUCAUGGCCAGCACUCAGAAGAAGGAGACUGUCAACGCCGACGGCGAGCAAUCCGAUAGUGGCAACGACAGUGGCCUCAACUUCAACGAGGACUUUUAA